CCGAACACACAAAACCUUCUCCCUUCUCUCUCUCUCUCUCUCUCUCUCUCUUCUUCUUCUUCUUCUUCUUCUGUGUGAAAUCCAUGAAAACCCCUUUGUUUCCAAUCUCCAAUUCCGUCACACGCACUAAUCUCUUCCAUUUCCAGUUCAGCCCCAACCUUCCCAGCCUCCUUGCAAUCAGGCCCUCCAAACCCUCCAGAGCUUCAACAUCGAUCAACCCUCCACCGCCGGACUUCGACUACAGGUCUUCCACCAUUCCGGCCGAAUCUCGGGCCGCAAUCGCUCGAACCCACCCGGAGCUUCUCGAUCUGGCCGACGAUGGGAGCUUGGUUCUUGUCCAAAAGAGUCAGUUCGGCCCGGUGCCGCCAUGGCGGGCCCAAUUCGUCGAGCCGGAGGCGAUUUGGCUGCUCGGCACCUCCCAUAUCUCCCCUCAAUCGUCUGUGGACGUCGAGCGCGUGGUCGGUGCCGUGAAGCCCGACAACGUUGUUGUGGAGCUUUGCAGAAGCAGAGCUGGGAUUAUGUACACUUCUGCCAAUGAUAAUGGGGUUGGCAAGCAAUUUAGGUCAAGUAUGUUCUCUUUGAGUGGGAAGGGAUUUUUUGGGGCUGUUGGUCGUAGCCUGGAUUUGGGGGGGCAAACCGCUCUGGCAUUGCGUCUGCUUUUGGCUGUUUUCUCAUCGAAGAUUUCUUCAGAUGUGAACCGACCUUUUGGUGAUGAGUUUCGUGCUGCUAGAAAAGCAUCUGAAGAAGUUGGUGCUCAAUUAGUUUUGGGGGAUCGACCAAUUGAAAUAACUCUUGAGAGGGCUUGGAACUCUCUUAAAUGGAAAGAGAAACUGAGCCUAGUGCGCGCUGUUGUUCGUGGAAUAACAUCAUCAGCUGAUAUGACCUCAGACAGUUUGAAGGAAUCAAGCACGGACGAUAGCACCUUCCAGCUCUAUCAGCAGCUAAGUUUUUCGUAUCCGUCACUACUGCAGCCCCUUGUACACGAAAGGGAUACUUAUCUUGCUUGGUCUUUGAAGAGGAGCAAAGCCGUGAACAAUGGUAAAAGAGUGGUGGGAGUUAUUGGAAAGGGGCACCUGAACGGAGUGAUAUAUGCACUGAUAUCGGAUCAGGGGAACUUGCGGUUCAGGGAUCUGGUCGGGAAGAGGACAGCCGGGCAGGGCUCCUAUUCUUGGGUUCAGACCCUUGUCAAGAACUUGGUUAGAGACACUGGCAUUGCCAUUCUGUUGUGGGCAUUGUUUGAACAACUGAAGGCAGGAUUUUAGAAGGAGCUUUCAUAUUAUGGUCAGUUGAUCCCCUUUUAUGCCUCAAAUUUUAGUUGAAAAACUGAAACUCACUGUUGGAGGUUGAUUGGAAUCGAUCGGACAGCUACCCUAUGUGCCAACAACUAGAAGUUCCAGAUCUGUUGGCAAGUUCCACAGCUCAAUGGAGCUUUCUUCUUUCUUUCUUUCUAUAAAUUGAUCCAAUUGGCCCAUAUUUAUGCAAAGAAUGAGCUUUCAACCUUUGUUCUUUUUUUCUUUUUACAAGUAUUUGACUAUUUGAGGCCCCAUAGUUAUCUGUGGUGAGUAUUGCAUAAUUUUUGGAAUGAAUGCUGGAUUGAGUUUAUCGGAGUAGGACUGUCAAUACAUCCAAUCUA